UUAGCUCUAGCAUCGUGUGGUUGUAUAUUUUUAUCAUUUUGUGUGGAAAAUUUUCAAGGAAAUUUAAAUCGAAUUUUACUUAAAAUAUAAAUAAAAAUGGGUAAAAAUAAAAAAGAAAAUAAUAAAUCAAAACCUAAAGCUGGUGAAGAAUUGAUUAAAAUCAAUAAAAAUAAUGAAGAAAAACCCCAAAAGAACAAGAAGAAGCAACAAAAUAAAAAAGUAAAGGAAGCAGUUGAAAAGGGUCUUCUUCAGCCACCAACACCGGUGUCAGCGGCUGAAAAUGGUUCAUCAGAUAAAGCUGACAAACAAUCCAAAGCUGGACAAGAAUCCAACAAUAAGAAGAAUAAAGUAAAAUCCAAGAAAAAUAAGCAACAAAAUGGAAAAGCAAAGGAAGCACCUAAAAGUGGUGAAGUUGAAAAUCCACCAAAAGCGGAGGUUGACAAAACCUCUCCAGAAGCUGUUAAACAAUCAAAGAAAAAGGAGAAAAAUAAAUUGAAUAAAAAAUUGAAAAAAGCCGAAGGCACAACAAAUGCAGCAAAUGUAAAUCCUGGACAAACAAUUUUCGUUGGCAAUGUACCUUCAAACACCAAACAUGUCCAACUUUUGAAGCUAUUUGCUCCAUUUGGAAAGGUCUUGUCUGUUCGCUUCCGUACUGCCAAUGGAAAGGUCAUUUUCAAGCAUAAAAUGCGUAAGCAAUCGGCAGCUUUAAAUGCUUAUAUUGUCUUUGACAGCGUGGAAUCAGCUGACAAAGCGCUCGAACUGAAUGGAAGUACCUUUAAGGAACAUCACCUCCGUGUUCAAAAAUCUGAAAAUGUUAAAGACCAAUCAAAUUCAAAGAACACAAUUUUCGUGGGAAAUCUAAAAUCCACUACCACUGAUGACAGUCUUCAUCAGAUUUUCUCGAGCUGUGGCGAAAUAGAAUACGUUCGGACUUUACAGUUUUCUGAGGGAAAAGGUUGCAAUGGAACGGGUUAUGUGUGCUUUAAGAGUCCCGAAGCAGUUGGUUUGGCCUUAGAACUUAAAGGCACUUUGCUCGAAGAACGACCAAUUCAUGUUGAAAGAUAUUCCACGAAUAAAUUGGGAGCUAAAGAAAAGCGGAUGGCAGAAAAUAAAACUAAUCCAAAGGGAAAACCUAAAGGAAAAGGAGGUAAGCCUUUGGAGAAAGCAGCUUCAGAGUUUAGGAAUAAGAAAUUUAAUGGGAAAAAGAAUCAAAAUAAAAACACUGAAGAUAAAAAAAGUGGAGACAAGAAGAAGAAGUCGGAGUUUCGUGGAGUGAGUGCGGAAGGUGCAAAGAAGAAACCAAAAAAGAAGGUUCAAACACAAAUGAAGAGACUGGCCAAUAAGAUUGCUCCCAGAGAAUAAAUGUGCAAAUAGAAAUUUGUAAUUUUUUUUUGUUACAAAAUUAACUGACUUUGUCCUUAGAAUUAAGAAAAUUUUAUUGAAAUACAGAAGUUUUGUAGAA